UCUCUGAACUACCCUAUUCUCCUUUACCUCUCAUGCUCUUUGGAUAGGGUAUUUCAAAGGAGGCCUUGGACCGGAAGCCUGGACCCGCCCAUGGACUGAACACUUGAAGAAAUCGUGUACUCGGUAAAUGCUUUGGGCUUUCGGUCUGGGCCGCCAUUGAAAUAUCCUAUUUAGCUUUGAGGAUUCAUCGGAUAUUCUAAUACCCUUGCUUUGAGCUGUGCACGUUUUAAUAGGCGUCAUCGAUUUUCUGGACAACUGUUGACCGACUAUGGCAAAUCCUGGGUACUCCCGCGCUUGCUUCAACUGCAGCUCUCAACCGGCGCAGGCGUGCUCACGAUGCAGGCUGGAUUUCUACUGUUCCAAGAACUGCCAGCGCGGUGACUGGCCAAGGCAUCGUCUGUUCUGCCGCAGCGCUGGGGAGCCUCCCGCCGUGCCUGAGCCCAUGGCCGAAGUGGAUAUGAUGGAUGUGAACGACGAAACUAUGAGUGGACCGAUGGAACACGCUGCAGAGAAGGCGGAAAUUCUUUCGGAGGUCAAACAAUACGGGGUUCGCCGGCUGAUGCCCGUCUACUGCGACAGAGACCCCGCUUGGGUGCUGAAGCUGCUCAAGGCUGCCGCGCCUCUCCUGGAGGAGCUCGACAUCUGGAACGCCAGCAAGCAGCACUGGCUGCUGCUGCCCACUCUGAAGCGCCUCCUGCGCCUCGAGGUCAACUACUGGUUCCCAGUCUUGUCCGGACAGGAUGGUUGCGACAAGCCGGAGCUGCCAGCCCUGCCUCCAUUGGACCCUGCGGACUCUCCGACGCGGCUGCUGUGGCUCAGAGUGUGCCUCCCUCGGGACCCGAUGCUUGACCUGGUCCGUCGCUACGGCGCCUCGCUGCGAGAGCUGCAGAUUUUCGUCGGCACCACGGGUCAACCUCACUCUCCUCUCAGCCGUGGCUGGCCCUGGACUUGCGGUGCAGAGGACCUGGCGGACCUGCUUCGGCAGUGCAACCUGAGCGCGCUGCGCCGCCUCGUCCUGCGCCGUCCGCACAAACCCGUCAUGACGCUCUGCGGCGACUUCACGCACGACGAGGCGCAGUGCGCCGCCCAGCUGAGCGCCGUUCGCCGAGCGCUGCCUUCUGUCCCGCAGGUGCUGUGCGGUACGUGCAACCAAAUUGAGUGGAAGUGUUUCGAGUACACCAUCUUCGGAACGUUCUGAUGCUACCCCUGAAGCCGAAUCCUGACGCGUGAACGCUGCUUCGGGCUCAUCAGCUGAUGAGAUAACUUGUCCUCGUCAGUUCAAUAUAUAUUCAAUUGUUUACCUUUGUGUUCUGCUAUGCAAUAAACGUUCUUUGAUAUAA